UGUCUGUCUGUCUCUCUCUUUCUCUCUCUAAAACUUCGUCUUUACUCUGCGUCUCUUCCUUUCUCUCUGCAAAGUUAUUUCCCUCUCUCGUGGUGCUUCAAAAAGCAUCAACUAUCCCCCCUGGCCCCCCAAUAUAUAUUUCUUAAUGGCGAGCAUAUUCCCACAGCUCCUUUUCUUCUUCUGCUUAUAAAUUCAAGGCGCUUUCACUCACUAUUAUCAUCCAAUGGAUUCCCAGUCUUCGUCCUUCCUCCAGGAGAGGAAGCUCCAUAGGCUGCGAUGCUCCGUCAAGUCCUAUGACUGGGGCCGCCGGGGUAAUAACUCCGGGGUCGCCCGCCUCUUCGCCCUCAAUUCAGGGUCGGUGAUCCAACCCGACGAGCCCUACGCCGAGUUUUGGAUGGGCACCCACGAGUCCGGGCCCUCCUUCGUGGUCCCGACCGCCGGCGAAACUGGCUUGCCGGGUGUGAGCUUGAAGUCCUGGAUUUCGGACAACCGCGACGUGCUUGGUGAUAAGGUUUUGGACGAGUGGGGUUCUGAUCUUCCUUUCUUGUUCAAGGUACUUUCAGUGGCCAAAGCGUUGUCCAUACAGGCUCAUCCCCAUAAAGAGUUAGCGAGGGCAUUGCAUAAGGCGCGGCCGGAUAUGUAUAAGGACGAUAAUCACAAGCCUGAGAUGGCUUUGGCAGUAACGGAGUUUGAGGCCCUCUGUGGGUUUAUCAGCCUUGAGGAGCUUAAGGGCGUGCUUCUUCACGUUCCUGAGAUUGUAGAACUGGUUAGCAGUGCAGAUGUGAACCAAAUCUUGCAUCUCAAUGAGCAAGAUGGAGAAGAAAAAGUAAAAUCUGUUCUGCGGUCAACUUUCACCCAACUCAUGUUGGCUAGUAAAGAGAUGAUAACAGAAGUGAUAUCCAAGAUAAAAAGUCGCUUGCACAAGGAAAGUCAGGUAAGGCAAUUAACAGAUAAGGAACUACUGGUGUUACAGCUAGAAAAGCAAUAUCCAGCCGAUGUUGGUGUCAUAUCAGCGUUCUUUUUCAAUCAUGUGAAGCUUAAUCCCGGUGAAGCAUUGUAUCUUGGGGCAAAUGAACCUCAUGCAUAUUUAAGUGGUGAGUGUGUCGAAUGCAUGGCAACUUCAGACAAUGUUGUGCGAGCUGGACUCACUCCCAAAUACCGAGACGUGGAAACUCUUUGUUCCAUGCUCACAUACAAGCAGGGUAUGCCUGAAAUUCUGAAAGGAGUUCCUUUGAACUCAUAUGUGAUGAGGUACCUGCCACCUUUUGACGAAUUUGAGGUUGACCGUUGCAUUCUUCCCAUUGGGGCAUCAACAGUUUUUCCUGCAGUUCCAGGCCCUUCCAUUUUCAUGGUCAUGGUUGGGGAGGGAAUGAUGCAUGCGAGAUCAUCCAAAGGAGAUGUAAUUACUGAAGGAGAUGUUCUUUUUGCACCUGCUAACACACAGAUUAGCAUUACUACAAGCGCGUCAGAAUUACAGUUGUAUAGAGCAGGAGUGAACAGCAAGUUCUUUCAAACCUCGUGAAUUAUGAUACAACAGCACCUAAUAUCCGGUUUAGGUCUUGAGUAAAUAACCGAUGCGCCGCAUGUGCCUAAAUGCUGCGCACUACCGUUGCUUGUAGAUGCCUUUUUGUAAUAAUCACUUGUAUUUUGAUGUAUGCCCAAUGCCAUGUAGUAAAAUUUUAAAAAAAUAGAAAAAAGAAUCGUAUUAUUUUGGUGGUAA